UUCAGUGAUGACAAAUUGAAUAAAAACAAAAUAAAGGGAGAAGCGCAUCUGAAGAUCAAAGCACAAGUCAGUUAACGAAGUAAGAGAAGAGGAAGAUGAAGGCGUUAGGGUAUUGGCUGAUGGUGGUUGGUUCGCUGAGAUUAGCUUCGGUUUGGUUCGGUUUCUUCAACAUUUGGGCUCUUCGUCUCGCCGUCUUCUCCCAGACCACCAUGAGUGAAGUACAUGGACGUACGUUCGGAGUAUGGACCCUCUUGACCUGCACUCUCUGCUUUCUUUGUGCAUUCAACCCCGAAAACAAACCGUUAUACUUGGCUACGUUUCUCUCAUUCAUCUACGCCUUAGGCCAUUUUCUGACUGAGUACCUCUUCUACCAUACAAUGACCGUCGCCAAUCUCUCAACCGUGGCCUUCUUCGCAGGCACGUCGAUUGUGUGGAUGCUCUGGGAGUGGAGUUCCCUUGAACAACCGCACUCCAAACUUUCUUGAUUUUUUUUUCUUUUCAAGAAGACAUGUAACUGAUUCUUUCUUCUUUGAAACCUUUUUUAAGUUGGAAUCAUCUCCGGCUUUUUGCUCGGAUUCCUAGAGCUGUUGUGAUCUAUAUUUCAUCUUCCCAUCUUUGAUAGUCUCAAGGAGAGUUGUAGGACUUGUUAUCUUCUAAUAAACUAUGACUCGAAUUUGUCAAUCAUUUAUUGUAUGACAUCUGCUACAGCUGAA